AUGAAUGGAAUUCAACAGUCUUCAUCAGCACAGUCAACAUCUUCACCUCAUGCAGAAAACUUCUCUCCAAAUCAUCCAAAUCCUGAUGAAACAUCAAAUCACGUUAUACAGGAAGAGGGAGAAGAGGAAGAGGAAUAUGAGGACAAUGAUGAAAGUAUAACUAAUCAUCACAAUCUGGUCAAUACAAGUGGUAAAGUUUGUGGUGCAGCGUUUAACACUUUGCCAAUUUAUGAUCCACAGGGUAGUUUAGUUGGCCUACAAACUCCUGUGGACAGGAAUAUGUUAGAGGAAUUUAAUAAUGAAGGAAGAAAUGGCCCCUUCGUAUAUAAUACUUCUCUACAACCGGCUUACUACAAUCAACACCAUCCCCAAUAUAAUUUAACUGUUCAGCAGAAUGCUAGUAUUAUUCCAACAGACUAUAAUAUCCCCUAUGCUGCAUAUACCACAAAUCCGCUUAACCGUCAUCUUUGCACACCAUUACCAUGUCAGCAGCAGCAACAACAACAACAGUACUACCAACAAAAUUAUUCACAUAUUCUUAACCACCAACAAACACAGCAGCAACAGCAACAACAAAAUCAACAGCAGUCAUAUUUUGUACACCAGUAUCAGCCACAAGCAGCAAAAGCAUUUCUAGUUAGAUCUGCUUCAGCAAUUGCUGGAGUAGAUCAAAAUGGUUAUAAUAAUCCUGAAAUAUUUAAACCAUUGUCUAGUGAAGAAACAUUUGAUAAAUGUCCAAUAGUUUGCAGUUUAUUUGCAAUAUUCUGUUGUCCAAUUACAAUAUGGUGUUCAGUUCCAGCACUGGCUUAUUCAUUAUGUGCCUAUACUGAUUAUCGUGCCUCUGAUACUAACAGAUAUCGGCGUAAAAGUGAUAUAGCAAGACACUUGGUAAUUACGGCGUGUGUAGUCGGUUUGUUGUUAUGCCUAACAUGGGGAAUAUUGACGUUUUUUUAUUAUGAGUUUAUGUUAUCAGUAUUUAAUGAUGUUGUACGUGUUGUUUCACACAGGAUCCGAUCAGGUACAUAG